GCGAAUGCCCGCUGGGUCACGAGUGCGGCAGGCGAAUUACAUUUUUAAAACACUUGUGUUUUGAAUAGUUUUACGGAUAUUAUUUGUGUGGUGCAAUAUUUUGUAGUAAUUAAAGUGUUGAAGAUGAUGCUGGCUGUAAAUGAGUUCUUAGAUGACCUCCGCGGCGGCAGAAUGACGGAGGCCCCAAUAGUGACGGUGGAACAGGGCCAGCUGCAGGGCAAAACUGUAAACAGUCCAUCCGGCAAGGGCUUCUACAGUUUCCAGGGUAUACCAUAUGCUAAGCCCCCACUAGGAACACUCAGAUUCAAGGCCCCAGAACCGGCCGAUCCCUGGGAUGGCGUACGAGACGCAACGUCUGAGGGCAACGUUUGCCCUCAAAUCGAUCCGAUUCUCACCAAAGAAUUCAUCGGUGAUGAGAACUGCCUAUACCUCAACAUAUACACGCCUAACUUAGACGGUGCAUUCUUACCUGUAAUGAUAUACAUUCAUGGGGGUGGUUUCAAAAACGGUUCCGGCAGUGCCUCUUUAUAUGGCGGCGAUUUCCUCGUAGAAAAAGACGUGGUAGUAGUCACAAUCAAUCACAGGUUAGGAGCAUUAGGUUUUCUAAGUCUCAACACUCCUGAAGUACCAGGAAAUGCCGGUUUGAAAGACAUCGUGCAAGCGAUACGAUGGGUAAAAGAAAACAUACAUAACUUCGGCGGAAAUUCUGGUAAUCUAACUGUUUUCGGCGAAAGCAGCGGUGGUGUAGCUACAGCUAUACUCACGGCUUCGCACACGGCAAAAGUUUUGAUUAGCAAAGCGAUUAUACAGUCCGGAACGGCAAUCGACAAUUCUGUAUUCCAAAAAAGUCCUAUAAGUAACGCUAGGAGAUUAGUCCAACAACUAGGCGGUGAAGCUGAAGAUGUCGAUGACAUUUUGGAGUUUUUAAAUGCUACGUCGGCCCGAGAACUAGUCGAAGCAACCGAGAAAUUAUCGAAUGAAGGAUUAAAUUUCGGAGCUACGAUAGAAAAGGAGUUCCCUGGUGUCGAAUCAGUUAUAACAGAGUCAUUUUCUGAUAUACUAACAUCGGGAAGAGUGGCCAAUAUACCUAUUAUGAUAGGAUCGACCACUUUAGAGUUGACACUGGAGAGGAAAUCGGAUGAUUUACAAGAUUUGAUACCAGAAGAGUUGCAUAUAGAAAGAAAUUCAGAACAGUCCCUCGAAAUAGCAGAUAAAAUCAAAUCUUUAUAUUUUAAAGGCAGUCACACUGGUGUGGAGAGUCUGAAUGAAUAUUUCGAGUUGCUAUCUGAUACAAUGAUAAAUAUACAUACACAUAGGCAUGUUAAAUAUCUAGUCCAGGUUUCUAAUAAGCCUAUAUAUUACUAUAAAUUUGAUUAUGUUGGUGAAUUGAAUUGGAGUAAGAAAUUGUUGUCGAGCUUGGGUUUGCAUCACGCGGGUCAUAUGGACGAGCUCGGAUAUUUGUUCAAAAACGAAAUAAUGAAAGACGUGGAGCCGACACCACAGGAUUUGAAGAUGAGGGAGAGAAUGGUGCGAAUGUGGACCAACUUCGCGAAGUCUGGAAACCCUACUCCAGAAGAGAACUACUAUUUAACAGUGACCUGGUUGCCUGUUACUCGAGAUAAUUUAUACUACCUCAAUUUAGGUUCCGAACUCUCCUUAGGCUCCAAUCCCGACAAAGAAAAAAUGGACUUCUGGGAUGAAGUUUACAGUAAAUACUUCAGAAUCUGGGAACAACCGAAGGCGAUCACAGAGGAAGUGGUGAGAAAAUCUGAUAAAAUAGUUCCGGUUCCAGAACAGACCCCUGCGGCAUUCCACGAUGAAACAACUCCGGAGUCAGAACCGACCCCUGAGGUAGUAUCUCCGGUACAAAUCGUUGAAACGCCUGCUGAACCUGAACCAUCUCAAACCGAAGAAGUAAUAGACCAAAUUGAAGUUGUUCAGGAAACUACACUUGUGGAGGUGACUGAUAAUAACGGUUUUGUCAAAGAAGAGGUACCGACUGAACCUAUAACCAAAUCGGAACCGGAGCCUGUUAAUAUUAUUAACGGCAAUGGGAACGAAGUUAAAAAGCCUAGAACUUCCAAUGAAAUCAAAAUGGUACAACAACCGAAUGGUACGCCGAAAGACGUUAUUAGAGCGAAUGAUCCACCAGAGGACGAUCUUCCGAAGAACAUAGGAGUUAAUAAAUUCGUCAACUUUUUUGAAUCACUUGGUGGGAAAAAGUGAACUAUAGUCUAGAAAAUAAAAGUAUUUAUUUAUUAAAAUUCACCACAUUCCAUAUUUAAAAUUAACAUUUAACUAUCAAUUUAUUUAUAUAUUAAAUCGAUAAUAAUAAGAUUGAUAUCGAUUAACAACACGAAUUUUAGUCAAAAAAUGAGUCUUAGUUUUAAUGAAAUGUAAAAUGAUUUUCGUGUUUUUUUAUGAUAAGCUGAAUAAGUAUUUUAAACGUUGCCAUUUUAAACCCAUACGUUUUUUUUUCUAAAGGUUGUUACUAUGAUUUAAAAUUAUAUAGGUUCUUAAAGUUAUCUUUUUGAUUUUUCACAUGAAUUAAAAUAUGAACAAAUAUGAAAACUAUAUUUUAAACUUUCUACAAGAUUUUUCAAUUAUGAUUUAUGCUGGACAUUUUUUUAUGAGAACAUGCACUGUAAAUAUUGUGCCAAUAUAAAAUUAGUGAUUUUUAUAUAUUCCUUAGUAGUAUAAAAUAUUAUUAUUUCAUAAUAAUAGAUGUGUAUUUUUAUAUUAUUGUAUUGUACGUUAUGCAUUAUGU